GUCUAACCUCCUCUCGUCUCUCUGCCCCCCUCCUCUCUCCUCUUCAACACGCUCGUCUUCCCAUCCGCACCCCCCACCAAUUCGUCACCAUGUCCACCGGUCUCGACAUCGUCCACACGGCUGGCGCCGCCCAGCCCGUCGGCCCCUACUCCCAAGCCAUCAAGGUCAACGGCCAGAUCUUCCUCUCGGGUCAGAUCCCCCUCACCAAGGAUGGUGUCCUGAUCCAGGGUUCCAUCACCGAGAAGACCCGUCUCUGCUGCGAGAACAUCAAGGCUAUUGUUGAGGAGGCUGGUUCUAGCGUCGAUAAGAUCUUCAAGGUUACGGUCCUGCUCGCUGAUAUGGCCGACUUCGACGAGAUGAACCAGGAGUACGCCAAGUUCUUUGCCCACAAGCCUUCUCGCUCGUGCUUUGCUGUUAAGCAGCUGCCUAAGGGUGUGCCGGUUGAGAUUGAGUGCAUUGCUUUGGCGUAAGGAUUGUAUAUGAUGUGAAUAGUUGGGUAAAAAGCUACUGCAGAGUGUAUCUUUAUCUAUAUAGUGUACCGUUGUCGUUAGGGGACGCGUGUCUUCCAUGGCUGGUUCUAUCCGGGUUACCAUGGUAGAUACGUUGCCCUACGAUGUCAUUAACCGUCAUGCUCGUGACGCCCGUCGGUAUGCAUGGCUGCUUGGAUUAGACUACAAUUAUGCCGUAUUUGAAGAAUAAAAAUAAGAUAAAGCUCG